UGACUUUCAUAACUAAUGAUCUCCAUACUCCUCGCCACCGUCGAUACAUCAGUUGAAUCUGAGCAAGUGCAAGAAUUUGCUAUAGUACAAGAUAGUGAGGAUGAAUCACGAAAUCAGUCGGGAAGAAGAGACGGCCGGGUAACAAGCCGUAGUUCGCGGCUUGUGUCGUCCUGCUGUCACAGUGCUGUCAUGACUUCACCUACAAGUGCAGGACCUCCUGGUGGAUAUCAACGUUUCGACGAUGAUACCAGUGCAGUGGCUCAGGAUGUUAGUUACGGAUCCAGUCCUAAAUAUGGCUCUAUGUUGUCUUGCCAUUCCUCAGACGGCCGCGUAAGGAUGUCCUCCAGCAGAAACAUGGAGACACCUAAUGAAAUGAGCCACAGAAUUGGAAUCGGUGGAUACGAUGCUGAUGCUGUAACAGAGAAUGUGGCCAUAGCAAGGCACAGUGCUGUCAUAGAUGCUGAUAUGCACUGGGAGAUGAAUUAUCAUGAAGCAUCUAUUUUUUUAGAAGAGGGUAGGAAUAAUGAGAAGUUCGAUUCCCACCCGAGACAUCCAGAAGAUUUACCAGCUUAUCUUUUAGUACAUAAUAGUUGGUACUAUGGGCUUGACCUGUUGACAUCGUUCGUUCUCUUGGCUCUAGCCUUUGUAGAGGAACCGGCUGUUCCUCUAUUUCGCUUGCCUGUAUGGACACACGGGUCAAUAGAGCUUCUUGCACUUAUCAUAAUUGGGAUUGAAUUGGCGCUGAAACUAAGAUGGAUAGGCUGGGGAACCAUUUUGAAGCACAAACGUACAAUGUUAAAGUGUAUCACCUUGGCUAUCAUGUUUGUAGAAGCGAUGACAGUGUUAGCUCGACAAUCCUCGCAUUUUCGUGUGACGCGCGCUUUAAGGCCCAUUUUUCUGGUGGAUACGAAAUAUUGUGGUGGCGUCAGAAGAUUCAUUAGGCAAAUAUUACAAACUUUGCCACCGAUUUUGGAUAUGUUGGGUCUCCUAUUGUUUUUCAUAAGCACAUACAUGGUGCUGGGUUAUUAUAUGUUUUCUGAGAUGAACAGAAACUUUGUCACACUCCAGGACAGCUUCGUCAGCUUAUUCGUCUUGCUUACUACAGCAAACUUUCCAGAUGUCAUGAUGCCGUCAUAUUCGACAAAUAAAUGGUACGCCAUAUAUUUUGUAUCCUAUUUGUGUACAAUGCUGUAUGUCAUGAUGAACUUGAUGUUGGCUGUAGUGAACGAGACGUUCACAUCGGCGGAAAGAGAUAAAUUUAAAAAAUUACUGCUUCACAAGAGAAAAGCUUGCCAGCAUGCCUUUAAAUUAUUGGUUUCAAAACAGAAUCCAGACAAGAUGCGAUUUAGGCAAUUCGAGGGACUCAUGCGCUACUACGUUCCAAAUAAAUCCACCAGAGAUGUUAUAUUGAUGUUUCGCUACAUGAAUUCGUCAGGAAGUGGUGCUCUCAAUGUUGAUGAAUUCGUCAACGUCUAUGACGCUACCACGCUCCAGUGGGAAUUACAGUAUUCCAGUAUACCGUGGUAUCACGCAGCCUGGCAGCCUUUGCAAAUACUUUGCACGGCAGCACAUGCGGCCAUUAUAUGGCCUUAUUUUGAAUCUAUAGUGUGUGCAACAAUUAUUGGCAAUGCAGUCGCCAUGUUGGUGAGAUUGAUACAGCCGUUUGAUAGUCUGCAAGAGUCUGCUCAUGCAUUUGCGGCUUGUUGGGACACAUUACUAUUUGGUGGAAUCUUUGUGUCUGAAGCCCUGAUAAAGGUUUUGGGACUUGGGACAAGACGGUAUCUUAGCUCUGGAUGGAACUUGUUUGACCUUGGCGCAUCUAUUUCUACCUUGAUUGCUGCGUUUGGAUUGACGAUCUUCCCUAAUGCAGCGUUCUUAGUGCUAUUUAGACCUCUUCGACUUUUGAGGCUCUUUAAGAUCAAAAAGAGAUAUCGUGAUGUCUUUGGCACAUUGGUCAUCCUUUCACCUUUAAUGUGCUCAACCGCUAUUGUCAUGCUUGUUUUGUACUACUUUUUUGCCAUUAUUGGGAUGGAACUGUUUGCUGGAUACGAUAUGCGAAAUUGUUGUCAGAACACAACGGUUGAAGACUUUUAUAAAUAUUCAGCUAACGGAAGUACAUCUUUAGGUUAUUAUUAUUUGAAUACGUUUGACAACUUGAUGGCAAGUGGAAUGACGCUGUUCGAAUUGACAGUAGUAAACAAUUGGUUUAUUGUGAUGAAUGCUUAUGCUUUUACUGUGGGCCUGUAUACUCGGGCAUAUUUUAUGACAUUCUACUUAGUUACUAUGAUUGUUUUAACAAUUGUAGUUUCCAGUUUCCUUGAAGCUUUCAGAUUCAGAAUACAAUACAAGCGUUCUACGUCGAAGCGCGAUGAGGAAAAAAUGCUGCACGAGGAAGUUGAACUUAGAUGGGAUGAGCUUCAAUCAAUAGUGCAAGAUUUUCAGCUUUUGGAGCAACUAAGAUCCACACUGGUUGUGGGUGGUACUACUACUUUUAUUGGCUCUCGUCCUAGAACAAGAGAAGUAUUGCAGAGAAGGAUGUAUACUCACGAAAUAUACGAGUGGCUUGCAGAAGCUGAAAUAGAAGAAAAACGAAGUGGUUCAGGUCCAAUAGGUAGUUUCGAUGAAAUUGGUGCUGACGAUGGGGCCAUUGCUUCCGAUCAUAUAGUAUUAAAUGGAGGACCACUUUCUCAGCAAAAUAGUAGCGUUACAACUAGCCCUAUGUAACCGUACCACCUUUUAUAGAUAGAACUAGAAUAUAACAGUUAACAAGAGAAUCUGAAAUUUUGCUGAACUCUUAGAAUAACCAUGUGACUAGAGCUCUGCUGUUUAAUUGUCUAAACAAUAUGAAAUUAAAAUGGUGGUUCUGGUCCUCCCAUACUUUUAGAAUUAAGAUGUGCGGUCGAGCCGCAAUUCAUAUUGCUAAUGUAGCAUUACUGUAGCAUUAUUGUACAUGCCCUUGAUGGGUAACGCCACUGUUAAACAAAACAGUUGAUUAAUGAGAUUUUUCAUACGCAGCUAAUUUUAAAAGCAAUGUAGCACACCAUAUGAGACAAUAGAGUGUAGAAAAUUAAUAACUUUGUAUAUAUGAGUGUGUUCAUAACAAUUUUGCUUGUUCGUAUCAUUCUGACUUGCAUCUUGUACGUUUAUCGCAGUGAGUUCAAAUUGUAUUUCAGACUAUAUUUUUAUUAUACAUUGUUUUUAAUAAUUAUAACAAUAUUUAUAUAAAAAGUAGAUACUGUCGUACGAUAUCAAUUGUGUCUGGUGUUUCAUCUGGGUUUAUUUAUACUCAUCGAUUCUUUGGAAGAAUUUUCAUGUGAUAAUAAUUUACCAUGUAUAUUUGAUAACUGGCCAGUAGUUGCUGUUAUAUCAAGUCGUGAAGUAUUUAAUAAUAUCGAUAAUUAUUGUAAUUUUUAUGAUUUAUUCACACAGAUCUGAACUUUUAAUAGCUAACGAGAUUUAUUACC